AUGACUGGCGGAGUGUCAAAGAAGGCGGACUACGUGAAGUCCUACAAUGCAUGGCUAAAUUGUCUGGAUCGGGAACGUCGUUGGAUAAAGUGCGAUAUGGUGCUGACCUUGGACGCUCGAGUCGUAUACAAUGCGAUUCUACAGCUUGCAUACGUUGUACAGGAACAUUUUCAAAGUCCAGAACGCUUGGACAGCCGAUUGAGGAAGAAGGGCGAACAGUCGAACUUCUUUGACGCUUGUCACGCGAUUGAAACCGGCCGGCUGGGGUUUUAA